AUGGGAGAAUUCACUCCGAAGUUUGAGCGAGAUUUGGAGAGCCGUAGUACGGGGCCAAAAGCCUUACCUACUGCUGGUGCUAUUGCUGUAAGGAAUGAAAAAGGUGAAAUAACAAUGCAGAAAGUGAAGGUGGUUCGAUAUAUGGCUGGGAAAGUACCAACAUAUGCCUUAGGGAAAAAUGAUUCAUCUGGUGGAGAACAGAGUGAUGAAGAACAAGAAAAACCUCUCAAUGAUGCGUUUCAAAGAGAAACGAGACGCGCAGCAGAUGUGACGAAGGAAGAAGUAGAAGCAGCAUCGAGUUCAGAUGAUGAUGAAGAGGCAGAAAAAAGAAGGACAAGAGCAAGAUUACGACGAAUGCAACUGGAAAUGCAAGAAGCCCCUGUUGAGGAGGAUGAACCUGACGAGGAUGAUGAGGAGGAAUUUGAAAGACGACGAGCUUUACUGAGAGCACGGGCUUUGAUCAAGGAAGAAGAGGAGCUCAUAGGAAAACAGGAAGAAGCAGAAGAAGAUGAGGAUAGUGAAGAAGAAUCAAGUGAAGAAGAAAGCGAGGAAAGCGAAGAUGAAACAGUCCCCAGAAUGAAACCUGUCUUCGUAGAAAAGAGUAAACGAAUAACAAAAAUAGAAGAAGAGAAGGAGAAAGAACGUGCGAAGAGGCAGCAAAUUGAGGAGCAAGAAAGGAAGGAAAGGCGGAAGAAAGAGUCUGCAAAGUUAUUGGAAGAGAUUUUGCGACAUGAAGCAGAUAUGGAAAAAAGAAAAAAGGAGGAUAACAUCGAUUUGACAUCAGUUGUAACUGAUGAUGAAAAUGAAGAAAUUGCAUAUGAAAGUUGGAAACUCCGUGAAAUGAAGCGAUUAAAAAGAAAUAAAGAAGAGCGUGACGCAAUUGCAAGAGAAAAAGCAGAAUUAGAUCGAAUACAUGGCAUGACAGAGGAAGAGCGCAAGCAGUAUUUAAGAAUGAAUCCAAAAAUUAUUACGAACAUGCAAAAGAAGGGCAAGUACAAAUUCCUUCAAAAGUAUUUUCAUCGUGGAGCAUUCUAUUUGGAUGUUGAAGAUGAUAUAUUCAAACGAGAUUUUGCUGAAGCGACGCUUGAUGACCAGUUUGAUAAAUCUGUGCUCCCGAAGGUUAUGCAGGUCAAAAACUUUGGAAAAGCUAGCCGUUCGAAAUGGACACAUUUGACAGCAGAGGAUACAACUGAUCAUCAGGGUGCUUGGGCUGCUACGACGGCAUUAAAUAGUAAAUUCCUUGUAAAACACGCCGGUGGUAUGAAAAAUAACUUUGAAAGGCCGGCUGCAAAGAAGCGGAAAACUGAAGUAUAA